UCUAUCUUUUUCUUUAUUUCAUUUUCUCGUAGUCAUUUUUUGAUUAAUUUUAGAUUCUGUUUUCCUUUUAUUCAGUGUCUGUUGUGUGCGUGUCAGUGUCACUUUUAUGGUUCUUCAAAUCUCUCCGCUACUUAAGCAGUAUUUAAAUUAAACACUGAACUGAAGUUUGUAUGUGUGUGGGAGUUAGUGGAUUUUAUUUCGUAUCCAAUAAGCAAUCUUUGUUUAGAAUUGUUUGUGAAGAAGUAUGUGAUAUAGUUCUUUUGGCUCCAUUUGGCCAAGAAUUUCAUUGAAGCAUGUUUUAAGAGAGUAUGAGCUUUUCAUCUACUCAACUUUCUGCUGUGCGAGGAAUGGGAAUUUACGAGCCAUUCCACCAGAUCAACUCUUGGGGAGACACCUUUAGAGCAGAUGGUACCUUACAUGUCGAUGCAUCCACAAAUCUGCCUGUAGAUACUGGCCUAGACGACAAGGCCGAGUAUGGUUCUCAAGAAUCAGUUGAACCUUCCAGAAGUGAUCAAGAAUCAAACAGACCAGUUGAUAAGAUACAGAGACGCCUGGCACAAAACCGUGAAGCUGCUCGCAAAAGCCGCUUGCGGAAGAAGGCCUAUGUUCAACAACUUGAAUCUAGCCGUUUGAAGUUGGUCCAAUUGGAGCAGGAACUUGAUAGAACCAGGCAACAACUAUCAGUAAAUGUCUUACUGCAGGGUAUAUACAUAAGCAGUGCUGCAGAUCCUGGUCAUUUAGGACUGCCUGGAACUCUUAAUUCAGGAAUCACUACAUUUGAAAUGGAAUAUGCACACUGGCUGGAAGAGCAACAUAGACAUGUUUCUGAACUUAGGAGUGCCUUGCAAGCUCAUAUCACUGACAUAGAGCUAAGGAUACUAGUAGAAAAUGGCUUGAACCACUAUAACAACCUUUUUCGCAUGAAAGCAGAUGCUGCAAAGGCUGAUGUCUUCUAUUUGGUUUCUGGAAAAUGGAGAACAUCAGUGGAACGGUUUUUCCAAUGGAUUGGUGGGUUCCGCCCAUCAGAGCUUCUAAAUGUUCUGAUGUCACAUCUUGAGCCCUUGACGGAUCAGCAACUUGUGGAUGUCUGCAACCUUCGGCAAUGUUCUCAGCAAGCUGAAGAUGCCCUCUCUCAGGGAAUUGAUAAACUUCAGCAAACUCUGACCCAGAGCAUGGCAGCAGAUCUAAGUAUUCCAGGAAGUUACCGGAUUGAGAUGGCUGCUGCUGUAGAAAAAUUGGAAGCACUCGAGGGCUUUGUGAACCAGGCGGAUCAUCUUCGGCAACAAACGUUACAGCAUUUGUCUCGGAUCCUAACAACACGUCAAGCAGCUCGAGGCUUACUUGCGUUGGGAGAAUACUUUCACCGACUUCGUGCUCUAAGUUCACUAUGGGCUGCUCGACCUCGUGAAUCUGCUUAGACAACAGAAUUUUCCUUAGAAAAUGGUAAAACCGCCAUGUCUAGGUCGAUAUACCAGUAGCAUUCUUGCCGCUCCUGCAAAAUGAUGGAAUUUUUGGUGUAUUUAUAUUCUAUUUCUCUCUUUUAAUUUGUCUUAAGAUUUUCCAUAUAUUUUAGGAGCUUCUCAAAUUAGAAAAGGUGUAAAUAUGAACCAUAAUGAUGUGUGUAAGAAGCAAGAAUUAGGUUAUGAAGUUGAUGUUUAAUGCA